AUGACAUUCACUCAACCUUUUGAGAUGAACCACAUCACAUCGCGCACUGUAUCUGUUGAGAAAUGUAUCACAAUUCUCUAUGGGAGUCAAACGGGAAAUGCUAAGGACAUAGCUGAACUUCUUACUCUUCAGGCACACCGAAUCUUUAGUCAUAAGUGUGCUGCCUUUCAUCUACAAUGCCCUCCUAAAAUUCUCUUGCUACCAAUGAAUGACUACACACCUGUUUCACGGCUCGCAAAAGAAAAUGGUAUAGUUGUAUUUGUGUGCUCCACUACAGGUUAUGGUGUUCCUCCGGAUAAUAUGUCACAGUUCUGGAAAAAAUUGAUGAAUCGAGCCUUGAUUCCGGGCCGAUCGCUCCCACCAGAUUUACGUUUUGCUGUUCUUGGUCUUGGUGAUUCUUCAUAUACUAUGUUUAACUUUGUUGCUAAAAAGCUGUAUCGUCGCUUAGUUCAACUAGGCGCUACUCCACUUUGUUUCCGAUAUCAGAAGGAAAAGACAUUCGAGGAGAAUGAAGAUUCGGCUCUUGGAUUAGCUGAUGAUCAAUCUGAGUUAGGUCAGAAUGAUGUCUUUAAGUUUUGGAUUCCAGCUCUUUGGCAUAGUAUCAUAGAAUUGUUUGGAAUUCCUUUGUCUGAACAACUCUCUAUGUUUGUUAGUUGGGACAAUCUCAAAAGUCCUGACUUUGUUUUUGAAUUGUGGCCAAAAUAUGAUGUGACGCUUCGCAGCGUACAGUCAUCGCACAACGUGGCAUCCUUGUGUGAGGACAGCUUAAAUUGGCAGAUUGCUAAGCAGGUUGAGUUUGAUAAUGAACACUCGUUUAUGUCUAAAGCAGUUCCAGCUAAUGCUCAGUGGUUUCAGGUUAUUAGUUCUAAACGUGUUACAAGUACAGACCACUUUCAAGAAACACGACUAUUGGAAUUGUCAUACAAAUCUCCAGUCAGUUCAAAUCAGGUUGAGUUUCGACCAGGUGCUGUACUUUAUGUUCAGCCUACAAAUCGCAAGGAAGAUGUUUUGUCUUUAUUUCAAAUAACUGGCUUAGAUCCAACGGUACGUGUAAAAAUUGAUCAACGUCAUCCAAAUUUCCCUUUACCAUCUUUAUUCGGAGCAUUGAAAGAAAAUCAUUGUGAUGUUUCUGUUGCAUGGCUUGCCAGUUAUUAUUUUGAUUUGAAUGCAACUCCGCAACAGUCAUUCUUUGUCAACUUUUGUGCAUUCGCUAAUCACUGCUUAAGGCAUUCAGUGACGUCAACUGGAAACCAAACAGAUAGAGAUCGUUUAAGAUUGGAGGUAGGACGUUUAACUGAACUUGCUUUGGCCGAGACUUCAGAGGCUGUAAAUGAUUUGUAUGACUAUGUUUUUCGUCCGUGUCGACGCGUAAUUGAAAUACUGGUAGACUUUCCAGUUACCGCUAGUCUCUUUACAGCAGACUGUUUAUUUGAUGUGCUGCCUGGACCGAUUCGUGCACGACCUUAUUCAAUUGCCUCACCAUCACCUAAAAUUGAGUUACUUAUUGCUGUAGUAAAUUAUCGGACUCGUAUUUCAACACCACGUCUGGGAUUAGCAUCAAACUACCUGGCUUCUCUAAGUCCUGGAGAUUGUUUGAGUGGAUGGCUUGGUACUGUAACUGGUGGUUUUCAAUUUGAUAAAUUCCUAACAUCUUCACCUCCACCAUGUCUGCUGAUUGCAACUGGCACUGGAAUCGCACCUUUUCGCAGUUUUCUUUUAUACCAGCGUAAUUCUCUUGUACAUCAUUUGAAACCUGACGCUUAUCCUACAAAUGUUCUCUUCUUUGGUUGCCGUUAUUCAACAAAAGAUUAUUAUUUUUCUACUGAACUCUCUAUGUUAGAACAAGAAGGUUGGCUUAAGGUUAUACCGGCGUUUUCACGUGAAAAUAUAUCCGAAACGUCGUCAUCGUCGUCGUCGUCUCGACGUCAGUAUGUGCAAGAUCAAAUGAAAAGAUAUCAAGAAAUCGUGUGGUCUGUAUUAAAAUCUCCUCAAAGUCAUAUAUUUAUUGUUAGUAGUCAAAAAACUAUGCCAAAAGAAGUGUAUGAAGCAUUAAUCUACUCUGCGGUCAAUACAGGUUGCAUGGACUCGACGGCUGCUGAAGAUAUGAUCAGUCAGAUGGAGAAAAAUAAUCGUAUACAAAUUGAAGCAUGGUCAUAA